UAUGGUAUUUAUUUUAAGAGUGGUAUUUUUUAUACUUAUUGCUGCGGUCACGUUGCUGGAAGUCAAAAUAAAGGCCAACAAAGAUAAAGAUGGUAAAUUCUCCGAAAAAGGUUAUGAAGCACGUCGAGUUUAUAAAUCGAAUUCGAAAAAGCCUAUACUAUGGCGUGGGAACAGUGGACACAGAUAUGGAGGUCUCUCUGCCCUUUGCGGAGUACGCGUCAGAGAUGUUUUCAAAACCCCAUCGGGGUCAUUCCUUGCAUCGUCUGAGUUGCGUUGCUGCUGGAAAUGUGCAGGCGACGCCAUGCUCUCUUAUUAUGGCAUUGAUCUACCUGGACCGCUUAAGCGUCACCGAUCCAGGUUAUAGCUGCCGAAUCACUCCACAAGAGCUGUUUGUUGUGUCACUGAUGAUUUCGACUAAGUUCUAUUCAGGCCAUGACGAACGUUUUUAUUUGGAAGACUGGGCUAGUGAAGGCCAUAUGACGGAAGAAAGACUCAAGGAAAUUGAGCUUGAGUUCCUAUCUGCUAUGGACUGGAAUGUAUACAUAUCCAAUGAACUCUUUUUCGAUAAACUAAACAAUAUUGAACGAUCGCUGGCCAAACGCCAGGGUUUGCGGAGAGGAUGGCUUACUUACAGUGAGCUGGCGCUGAUGCUGCCCAGCUUGGCUUGGACGAAAUUGCUGGUGAACAGUUUAUCAGUACUAGCAAUGAGCUAUGCAGCAAGUGUAAUUACUGUGGCAGGAGCCUUUUUUAUAGCCAGUCAAGUUCCAGGAACGUUAUGGCACCGCGGAGUAAAUACUGCACCAUCAAAUAGUUUAAAACUUACCACUUCGGCCACUUCUGUUAUUAAUGGCGAUGUCUCCGCUUUAUUAUUAAACGUGGAAAAGGAACUGUUGAAACUUAAGAAACAGAACUGCUCAGAAGAGGUUACGACAACGAUUUAUUUGAGUCAUCAACCCAUACCUAAUCUACCAUUUAAGAGAAACUUUCGAAAACUCCGAUUGAUUUCAUCGCUAGAAAGUGCAGAGAACUGGCUUAAUAUAAAUUCACAGUGUAGGGUCUGCGAAUCCCAAAAUUGGGUUCCUUUUCGUAGUAUACAAAUGGAAAACCGUUGGAAGCACGCUAGAAAUGGUUCGGUUUUUUGGCAAGUAAUUUCAGAAGCAAUGCAGCGAUCGCCUAUGCAGCGACGGCUUGAGGUGCGGUCAAAACUUAUAUAAAAUACAUCAAUUACUAAUGUCUUUCGAGCCGGAAACAUAUUUCUUAUUGCACAGAAACCUUUUUGUUGGUCCAUAAAAUAGGAAAUCACAUUGCGUCAGUCAAAUGAUUGCUCCGGUGAAACAAUCGGAUGGGUCUCAGAAAGAUCUUUGGGCGAAAUUCGGGGAAAAUGUACAUACAUAAGCAUCAAUUUUGAAUUUCGCCUGAAGAGAUUACUGUGACUCCCCAAACAAUUUUUUACUACGAUAAAUAAAUUACAAGGCUUAGGCGGCAAAAAACUGGAGCCGUAUAUGGUCAGCACCAAAUUAUCAUUCCACGGCCCAACUUUUUCCGCGAUUAAAAAUUUUAAUUAACCAGUUUGAAUAACUGUUUUAACAUUAUUAUUCAUAACAUGUUUUAUUAAUCUAAAAUAUUACAAAUAAAUGACCUGCUUUUGGAAAUAUCACGCAGAUCCAACAACUUCAUAUGUAUGUACAGUGACGAACUUAAGUUUGGCACACUUAGCAUCUUGAACUUCAAGGGCGAUUUUCUACCUUUAUAAAUGUGUUAUAAAAUUCAAUAAAAUUAUUUUGAAUAAUGGGAAUAUUUAA